ACGUUCCAGGAAAUAGUAGCAUCCAGUGGAGGCAGCGUCCACAGAGGCGUGGAUUCGCAGCCCUUUUUUUAAACUCUGCUGUGUGCUCCUGUGCAGAGAAAUGUAACGUUAGUUUGUUGGGAAGGAUGUGCCAUCUAGUUGUUUCUAAUAAUAGCCAAUCUUAUUUGAACCACACCGACGCCUUAUUGCGUUAUGGAUGCCUUAGGAACGGCGUCCCGUCGAGAUAGCGUGGGAAUAUUCCGGGCUGCGGCUACAUCCCGGGGCUAAACGCUCAUCAUGCCUGUAGCUCGGGGAUGCGUUUGUUUUAUCCGCCGCUGAAGGUCGCUUUGGCUUGUCGCUAUGCGGGAGUAUAAGGUGGUGGUGCUCGGCAGCGGCGGGGUGGGGAAGUCCGCUCUCACCGUCCAGUUUGUCACCGGGACCUUCAUAGAGAAGUACGACCCGACGAUUGAAGAUUUCUACCGAAAGGAGAUCGAGGUGGACUCCUCGCCGUCGGUGCUGGAGAUCCUGGAUACCGCCGGUACCGAGCAGUUCGCCUCGAUGAGGGACCUUUACAUCAGGAACGGUCAGGGCUUCAUCCUGGUCUACAGUCUGGUCAACCAGCAAAGUUUUCAGGACAUCAAACCCAUGAGAGACCAGAUCAUCAGAGUCAAACGGUACCAGCAGGUGCCGGUGGUGCUGGUUGGCAACAAGGUGGACCUGGAGGAGGAGAGGGAAGUGUCCCCCAGCGAGGGCCAGGCGCUGGCGGAGGACUGGGGCUGCCCCUUCAUGGAGACAUCAGCCAAGAGCAAGACCAUGGUGGACGAGCUUUUUGCCGAGAUAGUCCGGCAGAUGGACUUCUGCCCUCUGCCGGACCGGAGGAAGGCCUGCUGCCCCACCUGCAGUCUACAGUAGCAGCCAGUCUGCCACCAGAGGAGGUGACGAAUGGAAGGAGGAGCUCAUCAACACACCAGACAUUUCAAAGUGGUUCAGACCCGGCUGUGCUCAAAUAAUGUGGAUCCUAAGACACAGUGCGCAGGUUGGCUCCUGUAAGAGCCAGCACGCGUUUCCACUUGUUUACGAACUGCAUUAAUGAUGCGAUGAUGAGUCCGUGUAAAGCAUAAUCUGGACUUAUUUCAUCUGAUUUGUCAUACCUCUUUUAUUUUAUCUGUUAAACUAGUGCUGGAUUCCUCUUCUGCACCCUCCACACGAUAAACCGCAGGUUUCAAGUUUACCGUUCCUGCACAC